GCGCCUGGCGGGCCGCGCGUGCGCUGGCAGAGUCGGGUGGGGGCGGGAGCCGUGGCUGCUGCGGUAGCGGGUGCGGCGGGGCGGCUCCGGACGGGUCGGGGCUAACGGGGGCCGCUGUGCCGCAGCAGAGGCGGGAGCUGCCGCAGAACUCGGCCUCCGUCGGCUGUCCUGGUUAAAGAUAGCAGAAGUUGAAAACACCCUCCUCGUUUUCUGCGGUUCUCCCGGCUGUCGUCACCAUGGCCGGCGGCAUUACAGAUACAGGAGAGCUCUACUCUCCCUAUGUCGGUCUGGUUUACAUGUUCAACCUCAUCGUUGGGACAGGAGCCCUAACCAUGCCAAAGGCAUUUGCAACAGCAGGGUGGCUCGUCAGCCUUGUUCUCCUGAUGUUCCUGGGCUUUAUGAGCUAUAUGACUACUACUUUCGUGGUGGAAGCCAUGGCUGCUGCAAAUGCCCAACUGCGAUGGAAGAGAAUGGAAAAACGCAAGGAGGAUGAUGAGGAUGAGGAUUCUUCCUCUGGAGUGUCUGACAGUGAUGUUCUGCUCCGAGAUAGCUAUGAGCGAGCAGAGACACGACCUAUCCUGUCAGUUCAGAGACGUGGCUCACCGAAUAUCUUUGAAAUCACUGAAAGAGUGGAGAUGGGCCAGAUGGCUUCCAUGUUCUUCAAUAAAGUGGGUGUCAACCUCUUCUAUUUCUGCAUAAUUAUCUACCUCUACGGGGACCUGGCAAUCUAUGCAGCGGCUGUACCAGUCUCUCUCAUGCAGGUGACCUGCAGUGCCAUUGGCAACCAUUCUUGCAGUGUUGGAGAUGGCACAAAGUACAAUGAUACAGACAAAUGCUGGGGGCCAAUUCGAAGGAUUGAUGCUUACAGACUGUAUCUGGCAGCAUUCACUCUUCUCUUGGGUCCUUUUACCUUCUUCAAUGUGCAGAAGACGAAGUAUCUUCAAAUCGUGACGUCUCUGAUGAGAUGGAUAGCUUUCAUCCUCAUGAUAAUUCUGGCCCUCAUCCGCAUCAGCAGAGGCCAAGCGGAAGGUCACCCGUCCAUGGCCCAGCUGUCGGGCAUCCGCAAUCUCUUUGGGGUAUGCGUCUACUCCUUCAUGUGCCAGCACUCCCUGCCAUCCCUCAUCACACCCAUCUCGAAGAAGAGGCACGUCAACAAGCUUGUGCUGCUCGAUUACAUCCUGAUACUGGCUUUCUACAGCCUCCUGUCCUUCACCGCCAUUUACUGCUUUCGCAAUGACACUCUCAUGGACAUGUACACGCUCAACUUCACCAACUGUGAGAUCAUCAACGUUGCCUUCAUUCGCUACUUCUUGGGCCUCUUCCCAGUCUUCACCAUCAGCACCAACUUCCCCAUCAUCGCAGUGACCCUGCGCAACAACUGGAAGACCCUUUUCCACAGAGAAGGGGGGACCUACCCAUGGCUGGUGGAUAGGAUUGUCUUUCCUGCCAUCACGCUGGUUCCCCCGGUGCUGGUGGCUUUCUGCACCCACGACCUGGAGUCCUUGGUGGGGAUCACGGGAGCCUAUGCUGGGAAUGGGAUCCAGUAUCUCAUCCCAGCUUUUCUCGCGUACUGCAGUCGUAAGGACACUCAGCUGGUCUUUGGCAGCGGGACAGUUAACAAGCACCUCUCCCCUUUCCGGCACAGCUUCUGGAUCGUGUUUGUACUCAUAUGGGGCUUUUCUUGCUUUGUGUUUGUGACUGCAAACAUUGUCCUGAGUGAGUCAAAAUUCUGAUGUGGGGGUAAGUGGCGUGCUCCCUCGGGGACUUCUGCCCUCACCAGGACUUGGUGGGGGGGAAAGCAGCACGAAGGGAAGCCUCCAGGCCAUCAGCUUGGUGGUGCAGGCUGGACCUGGACACAAACUUUCUUCACUCCAGCUUGAGUGUGGAUGGAGUGGGCUCAGCCUCGUCAUCCUGGUUCUCAGACUCACUAUCCAAAGCCAUGGGGCUGAGCUGCGGGCGGCCUGCACGACGAGCCGGUGUCCAGCCAUUUCUGCCUUCAGCUCUGUUUGAGCAUCACUCUGUUCUUAUGCUGACUCUCUUCUGAUGCUGCAGGUUUCAGUACGGAGAGAGCAGACAGCCUUGGCUGCUCAUUACAGUAACCAGCUCCAUGUUCUUUCUCCCCCAGGUAGGGACUUGCUGUGCACAGAGUCCAGCAGGAGUUUGGGGGCAAGGAGUCUCUUCGUCUGCUGAGAGCCCCCCGAAGCAACCUCCUGUGCCAGUUCAGGGAGGAAGGGAGAGUUUGGUGUGGGAAUAGCCCUGGCUCUGAAGGCUUUGUGCUCUGUUACACUUGUUUUUAUUUUUUUCUAGAGACAUUAACCUGUUUGUGCUCUGGGGAAGGACUGCUUGCUUGUCAGAGCUGGAUUUCUCCAAGCCAGGGGCUUAUGUUCACACCUCUCAUCCUGUUCUCCUUUUUCUCUGGCAGCCCCAACCUCAUGGAGGAGCACAGGGGAUAUAGCUCUUCCUCCUGGUAAGGAGAAUGCAGCCUUGCCUCCCUUGCCUCCUGCAUGCUGCUCAGUGACUUCAGCUGGCAGAGCCCUCUUCCAUUUCGUACAGGGCUGAUGUGACAGACCAGACCCCAGCUGCAGCGGUCAGGGUUUGUGUGGGCUGGGAAAAGGUGCUAAUUACCCUCUCCUGACUCGUGUUAGGCCUGCAAGAGCUCUGGCUGUGCAGGCUGAUGCAUUUCCAGCCUCCUGUGCUGGGUAAUUAGCCUUGAAACAAGGUGGGUGUUAACUCAAAGGAAUGGGCUGGUGCCAGCAGGAGAAGGCCGUGCCACGGCUCGGCUGUGCCUGCCUCUGUGCAGGAGCUGAGCUCCCAGGCGUUACAGGGGACAGAACACUGGAACUGGUCCUGGAUCCCCCCCCGCUCUGCACAGGUGUGAGGUGGCAUUCUGCUGGUCCUGCUCGGCUUAGCUGAGUUAGCUGAGCUCCCAGGCAUUUCUCUGCACGUGUUGGGCUGCCUGCUCCGUUAGCCAGCCGGCGCUGCAGGUAACAGUUGCUGCUUUUGAGGCUCCUGUUGGUCACUACCACUGCACAGCGACAGACGGCCCCAUUCCAAUAUUCUGAGCCCUUAGGCAAAGAUUGCGUGGGUUUUUUAACAAAAGCAAGAACUUCAAAAGUUUUCACCUGAAAGAUUUUAAACCCUUUUCCCCCCUGCCCUCAUUAAGACAGGUUCAAAGCCAGGUGCAUGUCACUUCUGUUCUAUCCUCUUGCCCUCUGCACUUGCUGCAGUAUUAAGUGUUACUGUUAGCUAAAGCAAGCUUUGAACUGCAGCUCUUUUUAAUCAAGCUCCAUUUUCAAGUAGGUCUUCCUCGUUUCCAUAUGACCUGAAGUGCUCCUCCUGGGGGACUGUGCAAGUACCUGGAGCUGGAUAAAAAAAAAACACUUGAUGGUUUCUGAAGUAAAGCCCUCCACCUCUCCAGCCUGAGCGCUGUGCCUGCGUCCUUGCCACGCUGCCGGGAGGGGAUGCAGGGGCCUGUUUCCUUGGGCUCCAGCUCCAUCCUGAGCAGGCAUUGGCAGCCCUUGCUAGUGAAUUUAAACAUCCCCAAAUGCUCUAGGGGAGCUGAUGUGGUAUCUUCAGUGCCAGAUGACAAGUUGCUUUGCAGGUGGCUGGUGUCUCGUUUAGGAAGAGUGACAGUAGUUUGGAGCAUAAAUUCAGCGGGCAGUUGAGCUGGGGGUGUUCUGUGAGGAGUGGGGCAGGCGGCUGCUCCUCCCCUGCCUGCACUCCCAGCCCCUGCUCGGCUGCCAGGAGUGGGGGGAUGCCAGGUGCUGUGCUGGGCUGUGCUGCUGCCCUGUCCUUGUGCAGCAGCUGGGAGCAGGGCAGAGCCAGAGGAGGAAUUUGAUGCUAAUGAAACCAGCCUUGGGAAGGCUGGAAGGGCUGCAGGGGCUGCUGCUCUGUACGAGUGCACAGGUGUGGCUUUAUGGAGGGGGCCCAUGGAUUUCCUGUGUUGCUGCCUGCCCUCAGCUGUCCCCUCCCCCCCCCCUUCUGCAAGGCACUCUGCUCAGCCUCAUCCCUUCAAGUGCUGAUUUCAAUUUCUUGCUACCACAUUUCAUUGCCAGCCGGAGAAUGGGUCUGUCAUCUGUUGCCAACGUUACUUUGCCUCUGCGUGUCCUCCCUUCUCCGCUCAGGGCUGCCCUUGGCCUCCCCUUCCCUUCACCUCCCUGUGCUUGCUGAGGCACUGGGACUGCCCAGUGCUGCACAACGCGGCCCCCCCCCCCCAAGGCACAGCGUCCUUGGUACCUUGCCACUCCUGCCCCCGGGGGUAACUGCUGCCUUUGGAAGCAGAACUGCUCCUGGGAGGCGCUGGCAGUGGGAGCUGCGCUGCUUCACCUUGGUGCCGCUCUUGGGCCCCGCUGUGAGCUCCGCCUCUUCCAAGCACUGGGCUGUCUCCUUUGCUGCUCUGGCACAUGAGGCUGUGCCUUGGUGCGGGCAGUGGCUGUGGGCUGUGCUGGGCCGUCCUGGGCCCUUCCAGGAGCUCUGGUCCCAGAGGGGCAUGGGAGUUUUCUGAAAUAACUGACCCAGAAUUGCCAGACAGCUGCUGUCCUGGUGCAGCAGCAAAACAAAUCUGUCCAAGGAAUGGGGGUGACCAAGGGGAGGAAGGUGGUGCUGGUGAGAUUGUUUGUCGUAUGCAAGGCCUUAAAAGUGACGGGAGGGAAUGGAAGGGAGCUCAGCAGAGCGGGGGAUGCCCGCCCCCUCCUCUCACCGAGCAGCAGCGCCGUUGUUGUUUGGCUGUUACAUUUCAUUAUCACAGGUUCUCACAUGGUGCUUGUCCUGAAUGUGAUCAGUUUUCAAUAAAAAGGGAUUAAAACCAAGGAGCUGCCCCGGCGCGACUGGUUCUGCCUGCCCCGUUCCCUGCGCCUCGUCCUGCAGGGCUGCACGGGGCAGAGGGCAGCGCUCGGUGCUGCUGCUCCGCCACGGGAACGUCUGCACCUUCCCCUUCUCAAUUAUAGCUCCUCACACUUAAAACCAAACAAAUUGAAUCGCUCCGCUGCCUCGGGCUGCAAAAGCAGUUUCUGCCAACAAAUUUAUUAUUGCCGUAAAGCGCGGCUUGAUUUAUGUUAAAAUAUUAAAACGGCUCUUUAUGGUGGAAA